UGUACACACUGGCCGAGCAGGUCGGCAAAACUAUUUGUUUAUUUGUAAAAACUCUGAAAAUGAGUGGAAAAGCGUCGAAAUCGAAUAGUGCAUCCAGCAGCAUGCUGUACGGGUCCAGUAUCUCGGCGGAGUCUAUGAAGGUGAUCGCGGAGAGCAUCGGCGUGGGGUCUCUGUCGGAUGACGCCGCCAAGGAGCUGGCGGAAGAUGUGUCUAUAAAAUUGAAGAGGAUAGUCCAGGAUGCGGCCAAAUUCAUGCACCAUGCAAAACGACAGAAGCUCUCUGUUCGAGACAUUGAUAUGGCCCUUAAAGUGCGGAAUGUGGAGCCGCAGUAUGGCUUCGUUUCCAAGGACUUUAUACCUUUCCGCUUCGCUUCCGGGGGAGGAAGAGAGCUACAUUUUACCGAGGACAAGGAGAUCGACCUGAGCGAGAUAACCUCUAGUAACUCCGUGAAGAUUCCGCUGGACCUCACCCUGCGGUCCCAUUGGUUUGUAGUAGAAGGAGUUCAACCCACUGUGCCAGAAAACCCGCCGCCUCUCUCAAAAGAUUCCCAGUUUCUGGACUCCGUCAAUCCGGUUAUUAAGCUCGAUCAGGGCUUAAACAAAGAUGCAGCUGGCAAACCCACCACUGGCAAGAUUCACAAGCUCAAAAACGUGGAGACUAUCCACGUCAAACAAUUGGCCACGCACGAGUUGUCCGUGGAGCAGCAGUUGUACUAUAAGGAGAUCACCGAGGCCUGCGUGGGAUCAGAUGAGCCGCGACGCGGUGAAGCGCUGCAGUCACUGGGAUCCGAUCCUGGCCUGCACGAAAUGCUGCCCCGUAUGUGCACGUUUAUCGCCGAGGGAGUUAAGGUCAAUGUGGUGCAGAACAAUCUGGCACUGCUUAUCUACCUCAUGCGCAUGGUGCGUGCGCUGCUCGACAAUCCAUCGUUGUUCCUGGAGAAAUACCUGCACGAACUGAUACCCUCGGUAAUGACCUGCAUUGUGUCCAAGCAACUUUGCAUGAGACCGGAGCUGGAUAACCACUGGGCGCUGCGUGACUUUGCCUCCAGACUGAUGGCGCAAAUCUGCAAAAACUUCAACACCCUGACCAACAACCUGCAAACCCGUGUUACCCGCAUCUUUAGCAAAGCGCUGCAGAACGAUAAAACCCACCUGUCCUCGCUGUACGGAUCGAUUGCGGGACUCUCAGAGUUGGGCGGCGAGGUUAUAAAAGUGUUUAUUGUUCCACGUCUUAAGUUCAUAUCGGAGCGCAUUGAACCCCAUCUGCUUGGUACCUCCAUUAGUAACACGGACAAGACAGCCGCCGGUCACAUUCGAGCCAUGCUCCAAAAGUGCUGUCCGCCGAUCCUGAAGCAAAUGCGCUCUGCGCCAGACAUGGCGGAGGACUACAAGAACGACUUUGGCUUUUUGGGACCAUCGCUGUGUCAAGCGGUGGUCAAAGUACGUAAUGCACCCGCCACAAGCAUUGUCACCCUGUCGUCAAACACGAUCAACACAGCGCCGAUCACAAGUGCAGCACAAACAGCAACCACCAUUGGUCGUGUUUCCAUGCCCAGCACACAAAGACAAGGAAGCCCUGGGGUAUCGGCUCUGCCCCAGAUAAGAGCCAUCCAAGCCAACCAGCCGCCGCAGAAGUUUGUGAUAGUCACCCAGAACUCGCCGCAGCAGGGUCAGUCAAAAGUGGUGCGACGGGGCAGCUCCCCGCACAGUGUGGUGCUCUCCGCGGCCUCCAACGGAGCCAAUGCCUCUAAUUCCAACUCAAAUUCGAGCGGCAGCCUACUAUCAGCUGCACAGCGGAGCAGCGAUAAUGUGGGUGUUAGUGCCGGUAGCGAUGUGCCAGCAGUUGAUGGUAUAACAGUUGAAUCUUUCAGAGCACCCUAGACGCCAACUCGCUGAUCAUUGAGUCGGAGAUCGUUCGCGUCCCGCCCGAGCUGGACGAUCUCUCACAUCUGGAGUAGCCAGCCUAGCACGUAGUCCACAUAAUCAAUUUGUAUGCAAUAAAACAAAGAAAGCGGGAACCUACCCCAAAAAUAUGUUACCACACAGAGAGAGAAAAUAUUAUUAAAUCUUGAUUAGUAUAA